AAAAGCUGACUCAGUUCAAUUAUUAAAAUAAUCAAAAACAGUAGAGAAGAGAGAGAGACAGAGAGAAUAAAAAAAUAAAAUCAAUGGCGUCGUCGAGGCUGUGCGACUCAUGCAAAUCGACGGCGGCGACUUUAUUCUGCCGAGCUGACGCAGCGUUUCUCUGCGGCCAAUGCGACGGUAAGAUCCACACAGCUAACAAACUCGCUUCCCGUCACGAACGAGUCUGGCUAUGCGAAGUCUGCGAACAAGCACCAGCACACGUCACCUGCAAAGCCGACGCCGCUGCUCUCUGCAUCGCCUGCGACCGUGAUAUCCACUCAGCUAAUCCGCUCUCUCGCCGCCACGAUCGAGUCCCGAUCGUUCCGUUCUACGACGCUGUUUCGGGAUCUGCCAAAUCCGCCUCCUCCUCCAUCAAUUUCGUUGACGACGACGGUGGUUACGCUGACGUUAGCGUCGAAGCUGCGUCGUGGCUUUUGCCUAAAGAAGGAGGAGUCGAGAUCUCUAAUUUGUUCUCCGAUCUUGAGUAUCCGAAGAUGGAGGUUACGUCGGAGAAUAGCUCCGGUAACGAUGGAGUCGUUCCUGUUCAGAACAAGACGAUGUUUCUCGGUGAAGAUUACUUCAAUUUCGAUCUCGCUCCUUCCAAAACUUCUCAACAAGGAUUCAAUUUCAUCAACCAAACUGAUUCGUCGAGAUCUUUAGAUGUAGCAUUGGUGCCUGAAAAUGGUGGAGUUACGGCGGCGAUAGCGACGGUGACGACGCCAGUUGUGCAGUUGUCACCGGCGGAGAGGGAAGCUAGGGUUUUGAGGUAUAGAGAGAAGAGGAAGAAUCGGAAGUUUGAGAAGACGAUUAGGUACGCGUCGCGUAAAGCUUACGCUGAGAUGAGGCCGAGGAUCAAAGGACGUUUUGCUAAGCGUACAGAUUCGAGAGGUGAAGAUGGUGGUGGAGACGUCGGAGUUUAUGGCGGUUUCGGCGUUGUUCCGAGUUUCUGACCCUACCGGUUAAAGAAACUUGGUGGUAACGUAACGGUUAAUAGAAGAUUAAAAUUACUAUAAUGUUUUCCUAUUUUAAUCAGGGGCUAAGUUAUUAGAAUAUUGUUGUUUUUAAACAAUUAAUUUUUACCAUAUUUUAUAGUAGUAGUUUACUUGAAGUUGAACUAAUAAAUUUUGAUUUACUAUCUCA